CGAAGGCUGAUGCCUCCUCAUCCACUUGACAUCCAUUUCUUCUUCUUUCCUCUGUUUUCAAAGCCUUCUUCUUUGUUCAACCAUGGUGGUUCAAUCUCAACUCGUGUUUGACCAUUUUGCUCCGAUUAAGUCCUGUAAACGCACCGCUCUGUUCACUGGAAUUCCGGUGAUCGACCUUAAAGACCCAGAAGCCAAAACCCAAAUCGUCAAAGCUUGCGAGGAUUUUGGAUUCUUUAAGGUUAUUAACCAUGGCGUGUCCGAUCAUCUCAUCGGUGACCUUGAAGCCCAAGCUUUGAAAUUUUUUCAACUUCCUCAAUCGGAGAAGGAAAAAGCAGGGCCACCUGACCCGUUUGGAUAUGGCAGUAAGAGAAUUGGCCCAAACGGCGAUGUGGGUUGGAUUGAAUAUGUUCUUCUCAAUACCAAUCAUGAACUCAUUUCUGAAAAAUCGCUCUUCAUUUUGCGGGAAAAUCCCGAGAUUUUCCGGAGUGCGGUGGAGGAGUAUAUAUUGGCGGUGAAGGAGAUGGCUUGUGAAGUGCUGGAAGCCAUGGCGUUAGGCUUGAGGAUAGAGAAAAGCGCAUUGAGCAGGCUGUUGAAGGAUGAGAGAAGCGACUGUUGUUUCAGGCUGAACCAUUAUCCGCCAUGCCCGGAGCUCGAAGCUUUGAGUGGCAGAAAUUUGAUUGGGUUUGGGGAACACACAGACCCACAAAUAAUAUCUGUCUUGAAAUCCAAUAACACCGCCGGACUCCAUAUCUGCUUGAGAGAUGGGAAUUGGGUAUCAGUCCCUCCUGAUAACGCCUCCUUUUUCAUCAAUGUCGGUGACUCAUUGCAGGUGAUGACUAAUGGGAGGUUUAAGAGUGUGAAGCACAAGGUUUUAGCUGAUCCAAUAAAGUCGAGGCUUUCAAUGAUCUACUUCGGUGGGCCGCCAUUGAAUGAAAAGAUUGCACCUUUACCGUCAUUAAUGGAGGAGGGAGAGCAGAGCUUGUACAGAGAGUUCACUUGGUGGGAUUAUAAAAACUCUGCUUAUAAAUCAAGGCUUGCUGAUUGUAGGUUAGGCCCUUUUGAGAUCAAAACUCUUACACCUUUGUUGACCUGAAAAACCCCACAGAACCCAAAGAAAUAUAAACAAGAGAGAGAGUAUGUGAAGUUCUUCUGUCAUUUCUCCGUUGUUUGUUCUUUGUUGUGGUUAUGGUUUGGAGAGAGCAAAAGAUUUGUAAUUCAUAAUCACAUAUAUGAUCAAAUAAUGGGGAAAUAGUGAGGAAUUUUUGGCUUUAAAAAGAAAGAAAAGAUAGAAGAACAGGUUUUUUUUUGUGUGUUGAACAACAACCUUCCAUCCUCCAAUCCCAUUACUACACUUGUCAUUAGAUCAUGUACUUUCCCAAAAUACCCCUCCCUUGUAAAUCUACUUUUUUACUUAACUUCCCCUUACCCUUUUGUAUCAAAGCUUGUGGAUUUCAAUGUUAUAUAUGCUUCUUACA